GGAGUCGUUUGAAAAAAAGAAAGGUUUUAAAGUGACUAACUAACUGUUAGUUUAAAGUUAUUCUCCGUGGUGAAUAGUCGUGAAAUGGGCGCGAUGAAAUUGUUUUUUUGCUUUCUUUUUGUGCGUUCCAGUUUUGCCAGUUAUCAUGAGCAAUAUAGAGUCCCGAAAACGUGCACGAACCGAUGGGAAUCCUACACGUUCAACGAUAUGGAGUACAUUGUUCACAAUUUACCCGUGACCUGGGACAUGGCGAAAAUCUUGUGCCGGGGUCAUCACAACGGAACCUUGGCUAUAUUGGACACAAAGGAUAAAUCCGAAUUCUUGGCAGAGGCUCUAUCCGAAUCUCAGUUUUUGAUCGAAUCCGUAUGGAUUGGCGCUCGACGUGCGUCUGCAGAUGACCCGGCCGGCUACAGGUGGAGCCAUGGUGUAGAGUUGAGAAGAACAGCAGGUGACGUCAUGGGCAAUACGGAGACUGAGGGAGACGGCAAGAAGCACUAUCCUAUGUGGUUGAACCGCACUCACGUGCCAGUGCCCGAAGGAGGGGCUGACUGCGUGGCCCUGGAGCGGGUGUACCACGACCGGCCCGUGUUCGUCGACCUGCAAUGCCAGAUCGACAGGCCUUUCGUCUGUGAACGAGAUGCUCAACUUGAGGAGAAAGUCAGCGAGCUGAAGGUGGUCCGGUGCCGUACCGGGCUGUACCAUAUAUACGGCGGCCGGAUGGACUGGCAUCAGGCAGCUGCUUACUGCGCACUCAACAAGAUGAGCUUGGCCAACAUCGGCACGAUGCACUGCCUAAAGAAACUGGGGAUGUCAAUGUUGAAGACAAGACCGAGUAUUGAGAACGCAUGGAUCGGAGCCAAAGGUAUCCUGGGCAAGUGGUCUUGGGUUGACAGCGGACUGAACAUCUUCCAACGGCCGAAUUUCGCAGAUACCAUGCAGGACGAACUGUGGCCGCCGAUGAGGGACAGGAAUACAGUGAAACAGAACGGGUGCCUACAGUUAGACAGACACGCGGCGCAUCCACCCGUGUUUAUGGAGGCUCGCUGCGAAAGGAAGAUGCAGUUCAUCUGCUACCAGGGUGUCCAGAGUCUGGAAUCCUCCACGAUGAUGUCCAACGACGACCUUUACUACUACGUACUGGUCAGACAGCUGCUUUAUUGGCAGCACGCUUACGAGAACUGUAAGCGAAUGAAUGGAUCCCUGGCUGCUGUGGACAGCGGGGAGGUGCUGAUGCAACUGCUGCUGGCUAUGGGGGAGAAUAAGGAGGAGCCAAUCCGUCACAUCUGGAUCUCCGGCCGUUUGAGGAUGACCAAGGAGCAACAGUCCGACUCCAUAACAUACACCUGGUACAACCCAAGGAACAGGAAGACGAUAAACGACCCAAACAACCAUCAUAGCCCAGGAGCUAACACCUACAUGCCGCCGUGGUUAGACGAAGACUUUUCAAUGGACAACCCGUGCUUGAACCUGGACAGGCAGGGCCAUCUCAACGGGCUGGUGUAUGGGUUGCCGUGCGACACUGCGCAGUACUCGAUAUGUAUGAUUGAGAAAAGUAUUCGUCCUGCUGGUUUGGAAAAUGCUACUGAAGUCAGCGAAACGUCUUAAUACAAGAGAAUAUACCUACAUAUUUACAAGUGCAAAUGUAAGGAAAAGUUGAAACUGUUUUUGGAGUAAAAUCAAAAAUUGUUAUAGAAAUAGUUGGAGAUGGUUAAAAAUAGUCAUAUAUACUUUUAUUUGUAUUAGGAAUAAUUAUAAAAAUAUACAACAGCUUAUUGAGAUAAUAAAGUUUUUAAUAUUAUUUAUUUAAGACAUUUUCUCCUUUAGCCCACUCACAGAGGAUGAUAUUAGAAAGUUAGCAGUUUCUAUCAAGUCCAAGGCUGUAGGAUUUGAUAAUAUCAGCAGAAACAUGCUUAUCUUAUUAUUGGACCCUCUACUUCCUAUAUUGACCUUUAUCAUGAACAAAUCUCUAUCUUCCGGCUCAUUUCCUAGUGUGUGGCGAAAGGCUUUCUCUGUCCCUCUUCCCAAAAUUUCUAGCCCCAGCUCUCUCAGUCACUUUAGAUCUAUAUCUAUUCUACCUUACCUUUCUAAGAUUCUCGAAGCUGCUGUCCAUAAACAGCUUUCGUCUUAUGUCUAUCGCAACCAACUUCUUACUCCUUUCCAGUCUGGAUUCCGCCCUGGGCACAGUACCUCUACGGCGCUUAUUAAAAUAGCUGAGGACAUACGAGAUGGCAUGGAGGAGUCGCGGUUGACUGUGUUAGUUCUUCUCGAUUUUUCUAAUGCAUUUAAUGCAGUUGACCACGACAUUCUUCUUGCUCUGCUAUCGCAAAUAGGGUGCUCUUCCAAUUCGCUUAAGUGGUUCUGGUCUUACCUUUCAGAGCGUCAACAAGCUGUAAGAAUCAAUCA